UACGAGUUUACGAUAUCCGAUGUGAUAGAGAUGAUUCGCAUGCGCGACCGCGUUCAAGAGCUGACAGAAAGGCUCUUCUCAGGAUUGACUUGCUUAACGCUGUGCGUGAAGUAUGCGAAUUUUCUGUUGCGGGAGAACGAGCUGUCGGAUUUGUUGGAGUGCUUGCGCGUGAAAAUGUGCCAGCCGAGAAAUUCGACGGAAAAGCUGAUAAUGGAAGAGCAUAACCGCAGAGCUAAGUGGAGCACUAUCGCGUUCAUGAUGAUAUCGUAUGCGACCGCGUUAGGUUUCGUCUUAACGCCAGCUCUACAGCUACUCAAGGGGGGCGAGCAUGUGCUGCCGUUGAAGUCAUACAUCCCGUAUUCCGUGUCAAAUCUACUUCCAUAUCUAGCUACGUAUCUGCAGCAAUUUUUGGUGCUAUUUUAUGCGAUAAUGCUUAACGUUUCUUUCGACUGUCUCGUUUACGGCUUUACGAUUCAAGUUUGCGGACAGAUCGAGCUUAUGUGCUGCCGAUUGACGGACAGUUUGAAGAGCACCGGCGAUAUUUCUUCCGGACGGAAGACGGAUACGGAAGCCUCGAUCGUGGAAUGCGUCAGACAUCACUUGCUCGUGGGAAUUUUGGUAAAGAAAAUACGAGCGUUGUUCAUAUGGACGAUAAUGAUCUUCUUCUUCUUCAGUCUGCUCAUCGUAUGCACCAGUAUCUUCAUUCUAUCAAAGAAGAAAUUACUCAGCUUUGAGUUUCUUUCAAUGUUCUUAUAUCUGAGUGGUAUGCUGCUUCAACUGUUUUACUAUUGCUGGUACGGAAAUGAACUUGAGUUGAAGAGUAAAGGCAUCGUGACCGCUGUGUAUUCCAGCGACUGGACAAUGGUGACACCGCAAGAACGCAGAUUGCUGAUGCUGAUUAUGAUAAGCAGUCAGAGAGGAAUAAUGCUUUCUUAUCACGGAGUAUUUGCGUUAUCUCUUAACACUUUUACUUGGAUUUGCAGGACUUCUUAUUCAGCUUACAAUUUCCUGCAGCGAGCAUCCAAUUAAUCGACUGUCGUAUGUAUAUAAUGAAAG